AUGACGCAGACCGCCGUCAUCUACGAAGCUAACUGGGAAAAAGCUCCAUGCAAGGACUGGCCUGUCGUCCAGCCUAAGGACCUCAAGCUGGGAAGUUCUUGUCCGCAUUGCAUACACGGGCGUCUGCCACUCGGACAUUUCGGUCUGGCAGGAGGCGAAGGACCUCCUUCUCUCCAAGCAGUUCCCAAUGGUGGGUGGCCACGAAGGAACUGGUCACAUUGCUGCGAUCGGAGACCAUACUCGCACCUGCCUCUCGAAUCGGCGACGCCGUGGGGUCAAGUGGCUCGCAACACACUUGCUUAG